CAAACGUUUGGAAAAUGGUUGGCCGCAAUAAUCACGCGUAACAUCCACUUUCUUUACCCAAAACGAAACAGGAUUAUAAACUACUGCUGAGGAAGUUAUUUAAGCCGUAGUUAAGUAAAUGUGUGCCGAUAGACUUAUAGCGAACCUAAUGCCACUAAGCUUGGGCAUCUAACGCGCAAGGAACACAAGUAACAGUGCUAACAUUUCCCGGGCUAAGCUGCGUUACUGUCGCCGUACCUUUCGCACCCUUUCGGAAGUGGUUGCAAAUUAUGCUUCAAACAUAGCGAAUCGGUUGAAAGUUAUCAUCUUGUCUUUAGUCGCACCGGAAGGGAAAGACAAAACGUUCAGAACAACCCAACACGAUUGGUGUGCAUCGCCUUGGAAGCUUGUUCUGUUCGCGUGCUAACUGGAAAAGUGAAACCCGUUCGUGUGUGUGCGUGCGUGUGUGUGUGUUUUUUUUACUCCCAAAGGGAAAUUACUAGCGGCUCACAGUAUGUGGCAGGUGCGGCGGUUUAGUCUGUAAAUAGUUGCGCAGUUACUUACCAUCCUGCCGCCAGUUAUUGGCAUUGUGUUGCUGUUUGAUAAAUUUCGGUCCAAUAACUGGUGAUAAGGUUUGGUGUGGUUGGUUUUCGGGUGUUCAUUCCACGGAAGCAAUCGAGAAUGGAGUUCUCGCAGCCACCGCCGUCAGUUGAUGCCGCACCGUCGGUACAACAUUUCGCCAACCCGCCGCCUAUCAACCGGAUCCUUAGCUACCAGCAUCCGCAACCACCGAAGCAACAGUUUAACUUUUACCACCACAAACCGUACCACCACUUCAAUGGGUUUCGUGGCGGUGGCCCCAUGUCGCAGGAUGAUUUCGAUGGCAAGCGGCUUCGGAAGUCUGUGAUGCGUAAAACGGUUGACUAUAAUGCUUCCAUCAUCAAGGCACUCGAGUGUCGCACCUGGCAACGGGAUCAUCGUGACAGACGUGCCCUGCAGCCGGAGAGCAUCUACAUUCCCGAACUGUUGCCACCGCCAAGCUACAUGGACAAUCCAAGCAAUGCGGUUACGACCCGCUUCGUGAAGACAGCUACGAACAAAAUGCGCUGUCCGAUCUUCACGCUCGCCUGGACCCCGGAAGGACGCCGAUUAAUUACUGGGGCGAGUUCCGGCGAGUUUACCCUAUGGAAUGGGCUUAUGUUUAACUUCGAAACGAUUCUACAGGCACACGAUGUGUCCGUGCGUACGAUGGUGUGGUCACACAAUGACAACUGGAUGGUAACGGGCGAUCAUGGAGGAUACGUCAAGUACUGGCAGUCGAACAUGAACAACGUGAAGAUGUUCCAGGCUCACAAGGAUCCGAUACGUGGAAUCAGUUUCAGUCCGUCGGAUUCGAAGUUUGCAAGCUGCAGCGAUGAUGGUACGGUGCGGGUGUGGGAUUUUCUACGCUGCCAGGAAGAACGAGUCCUGCGUGGACACGGUGCCGAUGUCAAGUGUGUACACUGGCACCCGCAAAAGGCACUGAUCGUGUCCGGCAGCAAAGACAACCAGCAACCGAUCAAGCUGUGGGAUCCCAAGUGUGGCCAAGCGCUCGCUACACUACAUGCCCACAAAUCGACGGUGAUGGAUUUGAAGUGGAAUGAUAAUGGUAACUGGCUGGUGACGGCUUCCCGUGACCACCUGUUGAAGUUGUUUGAUCUGCGAAAUCUCAGCGAGGAGGUACAGAUAUUCCGUGGCCACAAGAAGGAAGCGAGCGCGGUAUCGUGGCAUCCGAUACAUGAGGGUCUGUUCGCUUCUGGUGGAUCCGAUGGGUCGAUCCUUUUCUGGAACGUUGGCACCGAUAAAGAGGUUGGCAGCAUCGAUAUGGCACACGAUAGCAUCGUCUGGACGUUGGCAUGGCAUCCGCUUGGACAUAUACUCUGUUCGGGAUCGAACGAUCACACGGUAAAGUUUUGGACGCGCAAUCGUCCCGGCGAUCAGAUGCGUGACAAGUACAAUCUUAAUACGCUGCCCGCCAGCCUAGCCGGGUUGGACGAGUGCGAGCUGGAGGAACACAUCGUCAUACCGGGUAUGGGCCCGGAAGAUAAGGUGGACAUCGUGGAAAGCAUAGCCACGAAGGAGGCGGGUCCGAUUCCGGGGCUGGAUUUAAAUCUGAACAGUUUUAAUGAGAAAAUGCGCGAGAAGAAGAUACCGUACAGUAAGCCCAUCCCGCGCAACUUCCAGGCGCAGUGGAAUGAAUCGAGCAAACUGGACGAUCAUACUACCGCGGCGGAUGAGAUAAAGGAAGUGAUCUCGCAGAUCGUUGACAGCGGACCGAUGGCACCGAAGAAACCGCUGCCGACCGCCAUUUCGUUGUACGAGCGUACGAUUGCGGUGAUACCGGAUAGUCCACUGGAGCAAGCGAUUAGUGAUGGGACGGACGCCCUAAAUCGAUUCAUCGAGCACGGUGGCAUACCGGAGCUGCAUGACAUAUUCCCACCGUUGGAAGAACCGGAAGCACCAUCGAAUGGAGAUGAGGAACAACCUCCGAAACCACCUGCCAAACGAGCACGGCUCGACGUUGAACCAAAGUUCUUUUACGGUCCGCUACCGUUCAUUGUGGAUCCGCCGGAUCAAUCGCGUGAUUCAGUCCAUUCGGUAGAAGAUGCGGCGUCACGAUCGAAAGAUGAUCCCGCGUUUGAUCCGAAGCUUCCGUCGCUCUUGCAGCUGGAUGUAAAUCCACCGGUAGCCGUACAGUUCAACACGAGCGAUCCGGUAGACGUUGGGGCAAAUCGGAACAACUGGAAGGGACGGGAACGGGACAAGCAUCGGGAAAAGCGUGAUCUCGAGGAGGACAAAAAGAUCUGGAAAGAGUACAAUGAUCGCAACUGGGACGAGGAAGAUGACGAUUCGGUGAUGAUUGUGGAACCGCCAUCGUCCUCAGCUGCCAUGCGGUCCGAUACGCCCGUUAGUCAGAAUACCAACAGCAAUGGCCAGUGGAUGUCGGAGUACGAUAACGAUCUACCACCUGGACCACCGCCCGGAAUGCACGGUAUGGCACCGUGGCAGAUGGCGAACAAUGGUGGCAUGCAACAUCCGGGUGGGAUGCCACCGUUUGGAGGUGGAUUCGGCGAUGACGAUGGUGGUCGAGCGAUGGACGCAUUUAAUCUACAACGACCGCCACCACCAAUCCCGGGUGGACCGCCUCCAUUCGGUAAUCCGAAUCCAUUCGCCAUGAUGGGUGGCCAGAAUGAGGACGACGGUUGCUUUCCUAACAAUAACAAUAACAAUAAUCAUAAUGUCGGAAAUCAUAGGAACGAAUUCAAUCGGAAUGAUGAUUGGAUGCGCAACGAUGGUGGUGGAAACCACAGGGGUAACCAUCGAAAUAGAGGCGGUGGUAGAGAUUUCCGGGACGAUCGAGGCGGUCGGCGGGAUCGCGGGUUCGGAAGGCGGAGAAACUAAAAGUCGAUCGUUAAUGUGUCUCGUACCUCGUUGGAAGGUUGUACGGAUGGGACAUUGAUGUGUGAUUGUUAAAGAGGGGGGUGGUCGUUUAUUCGUAACAAAAAUAUAGCAUUUAAGAAUCAAUAUGCUAAGUUCCCUUGUACAAAUGACUGUUCCCGAUGUAGAAAAUAGAACGAAUAAAGAAGAUGAGUCUUCAUGGAUAA